UCAAUUUCUCUCUCCCCAAAUCUCGAAUCCAAUCGAAUCUCUUUCUGGGUUUGAUCAGUACUAUUUUGCAGAUACGAUGAAGGCGGAGAUUGAGUGUCUUCUUCCCGUGGACAUCCUUGCCCAUAUCUUCUUUCUUCUAACAAGUUUCAAAGAUUUGGCUCAGGCCAGCGCCGUCUGCCGGAGAUGGAAGCGGGCGGUGGAGCAAUCGCUGGCGAGUAGAGAGGCUUUGAGUUUUUCUUGUUGUAAAAUGGACGACGAUUCUACUGCCCGCCUCCUUCUCCGGGCAUACAAUCUAAGGGACCUAGACAUCUCAAGAAGUCGUUGGGGUUGCCAAAUAAGUGAUAAUGGUCUAAAGAUGAUAUCUUCAGCAAAAUGUGUGGCUAACCUCAUUUCUAUUUCCCUUUGGGGUAUGACAGGAAUCACUGAUCAAGGUGUUAUUCAACUGAUCUCGAAAGCUACUUCCUUGCAACGCCUUAAUGUUGGCGGUACAUUUAUAACCGAUGAAUCUCUUCUUGUCAUAGCAAAUAACUGCCCACAUUUGAAGUUCAUCGGAUUGUGGAGUUGUCGCCAUGUGAGUGAGAAUGGACUUCUUACUAUCGUUCGUAAAUGUCGUAAGCUCGAGACAAUUGACGUUUGGGGUACAAGGAUUCCUUUGGAAGGGUUUGUUGGUUUGCUUGCAAUUAGUCCUGCCCUUCAAAUUAAACGGAAAGGGUUGUUCUUGCCGCCUAAUAUUCCAUCUGUUUGGCCCGUGGUCCUCUGAUUUGGUAAAAAAAUAAAAAUUACUUGUACUUCAAAUAAGUUGAUUUAAUCAAAUUUAUUUAAUACAACCAUGAAAUU